CCAGUCACCAGUCACACCCAGGCGACGUCGUCUUGUUUGCAUCAUGGCUUCCAUCUCGCUGACCCCGCCCGCUUCGCUGAAAACCGACAGCGCGGGCCUCACGCUCGCGCUGUCGCCGCAGCACAAGAUCAGCAGCCUCGUCGACCCUGUGGUCACCGCGCCGUCGACCGCCGCUAGCACGCCGACGACGCUUGCCAGUGACGCGCCCAAGCCCGUCGAGGGCAAGGGCACGUGGACCAAGGAAGAGCACGAGCGGUUCCUCACCGCCAUGGAGAUGUACCCGAACGGCCCGUGGAAGAAGAUCGCCGAGGUUGUCAAGUCGCGCACGAUUCGCCAGACGCAGACGCACGCGCAGAAAUACCGCGAGAAGCUCGAGCGCCGCCGCCGCGGCCUCCGCACCAAGCACGUCGUCCAGAACGACAUGGCGCUGCGCCCGACGCCAUACAUCCCGCCGUACCAGGCCCAGGUCGACGCGUACUACCCGAGCUACCACAGCCCGUACCAGCACGUGAGCCACUACAGCAGCCAGCACCACCAAGUGCCGGCCCACCCGGUGCACCGCCCGCAGUAUGAGCACAGCUACAUGGCGCCGCCGUCGUCGACGCCGUCGGGGUCGUACCACGACCAGAGCCACUACUUGCCGCCGCCGCCGCCCGUUUCGUCGCUGCCACCGACCACGUCGUACCUCCAGUCGACGACGCACUACAACAGCCACUACGACUCGGCGCCGAUGGGCCAGAGCCUGAAUCUGCUCUGGGACCCGAUCAAGGGCGAGCAAAGCCGCAGCAUGCUCUGGGAUCCGGUCAAGUCCGACACUGGCCGCGGCCAGCCCGUCUCGGCGCAGCGCAGCGCCUACUUUGCCGAGUAAUCGCUGCCAUAUCCUCCUCCCCCUUGCCUGCUUAGAAGAAAACCAACCACAACG